UAGAUAUAUCGACCAACCGGGAAACCAUAUCUCUAUCCUGCUCGAUUUCGAAAGAAAUCGACGCAUCUACCGCCACUGACCAUGGAGCUCGAUCCCAAGUACGACCACUAUGACUUCCCUACUACCGCCCCGGUAGCCAAAUCCGGCCACCCAGGCCACUUGACCGAAGCCCAACAGGCUCAGGUUCAUCAACUACGUAUGCUACUCGAGAGUGAAGGAUAUACUAAGAGAUUGGAUACCUUGACGUUGUUACGUUUCCUACGAGCUCGAAAGUUCGAUGUCAACCUAUCGAAGAAAAUGUUCGUUGAUUGUGAAAAAUGGCGGAAGACCAUGUUAUACGCCGGGCAACCCCUGAAGAUCGACGGCCGAACUAUCGACCUUGAUGAGGAGAUAGGCAAAUGGGACCGGGAUGGCUCCUUCAAGAAGAAGGUCUCUAAGUUCUAUCCCCAAUACUACCACAAGACGGAUAAGGACGGACGACCAGUUUACAUCGAACAACUCGGCAAGAUCGAUCUCACCGCCAUGAAGAACGAAGGCAUCGAAUACGAGCACAUGUUGAUCAACUUGGCUGUCGAAUACGAGAAGAUGGCAGACCCUCGAUUACCCGCUUGCUCGCGCAAGGCUGGCCAGCUCCUCGAGACAUCUUGCACGAUCAUGGACUUCAACGGCGUUGGUUUCAGCAACGCGCGCCAAGUUUUCGGUUAUAUCCAGGAAGCUUCUGGUAUGAGUCAGAACUACUACCCCGAGCGUCUCGGCCGCAUGUACCUCAUCAACACGAGCUGGCUCUUCACGGGUGUAUGGCGUAUGGUCCGUCCCCUUCUUGACCCGGUUACCGUUGAGAAGAUCCACGUUUUGGGCGGCAACUACCAGAAGGAGCUUCUAAGCCAAAUCCCUGCUGAGAACUUGCCCAAGGAGUUUGGUGGCACGUGCCAGUGCGAGGGUGGUUGUGAUUUCAGCAACGCCGGUCCCUGGUGCGAUGCUGAGUUCGCCAAGCCCGCCUGGUGGCAGAAGGAGGGUGAUGCAAUCGAGAACAAACCGACAGAAAUUGGUACUGGUGCAGGUGCCGCUGCUGGUUCUGGAACUGCCGUCGAGGGAGCUGAUGCCACAGCACCUGCCCCGGCUGCCGCGUAGAAAAAAAAAAAACGCAUAUCUAUAUCAGGGUCCCACUGUAUACAAAACGGGAAGCUAGCAUAAAGUUCAGGUGGAGCGGGGAGUAUAGUGAGGUGUAGGUGGUUUCCGAAUAGAUAAGAGAUGAACCAGGGCAUGUGAGGAAGAGAAGAAGAGUAGGCCGCGGACGUUUUCCGUCUUUUCAUCCGGUCGAUCUCUUUUUCUCUUUACUAUGAAUCAUCCCGGGCCAAAAAUCUCACAAGCUCAAGUUUUUUCUUUUUUACCCUAUUGACGACACGGCAUAUGAUGUCUAGCCGUCGUGGGUAUUAACAACUAUGUGGCCAUUUUUUCUACAAAAUUGUCAGGCAUUUCAGACACUGAUAUGAUAACAUUGCAUUUUCGUCC